AUGAAGACUUCUGCCACUCUUUUGGCCUUUGUGGCCGCUUCCAAUGCCUCGCCUCUUGGUGUCUCUGUCAAGCGGGAUGCCUUUGAUAGCAAGGAUGCCAUGUGCAAAGGAUGGGAUCUCACAACUCCCGAGGGCGCGGACAAGCUCUGGGAAGAUACCUACGCCGGAGCAUCUCUUGACCUCUUCAUCAAGUCUCAGUGGGAACACGAGAACUCUUGGGUGAAGAACCUCGAAGACUUAGUCUCAGGUGGCACAUCUGGCAAGUCCGGUGCUGCCGGCUGCUCGGCUCUUGGAAACGAGUGCAAGCCGUUGAACGACAUGACCUGCGAUGCCCAAUACGACGCAUACGGCAAGACCCCUAUCGGCAAGAACUCCUACUGGAUCUUCCAAGCAGUCAAGGGCAUGCAUGCCAAGUUCAACGAGCUGAAUCGUCAGCUCACCAAGGAGACUCUCAUCAGCGGACUGCAGAUUGGUCAGAUGGUGACCGACUUCCAAGGAAACCAGGACGACCCUGGCGACGUCCUUGGCUGGCUUUCCGCCGCCGCUUCCAUGGGUGGUGCUAGCGGUGGUCUGGUUCCUGGAGCUGGAACUGCCAUCGCUGGUGGCUUCGGCAUGCUCAGCGGCAUCUUCUCUGGACUGGCUGCCUCUAACAGCGCCGAUGAUAUCGAUCAAGGCUCAAUUUCAGCCGCCCUAGCUGACGCUUUCAAGCUAUAA